CACUCUUUGGCCUUGCCCAGUUACUAACUCUUGGCAGGAAUGAAAAUCUGAAGGUUUUUGUGAGCCUCCAACUAUGUGUAGUGUUUGAGCAGGGUUUCACCAUGCUUUGAUUCAUCUCAAGCUGGUCAUGACAGAUUCUGGGCAUUUUUGCUGAACCUGCAGGUGUGACAGCCUUCUGAGGAAUCCAGACAGGCUUGAAAGAAUCAUAAAUGAUUGGAUUACAACUCUGGAGGCUUUGGAGGGCAAGUGAUGUUACAACAACAUGAAUGUAUUGGAGCAUGGGUGCUUCUUAAAAUGCAAAAGCUAAAGGAAUUUAUGGCUAAUCGAAACCUACUGAAUAUAUGACUUUUCCAGACAUCCUGCAUUUACUUGUGUCCUUAAAUGUCCCUGAUUAAGAUCUCAUGCAACCAUUGUAUAUUUUGGAGACUAUUCUCCAAAAGAGAACUGUGCAUUUAAAAAGCAGAAAUGACUGUGAUUUCUCUUGGAACUUACUAAGGUUGAACAUACUGAAAGAUCAUGACCAGCUUGAAGCGGUCCCAGACUGAAAGGGCUGUGGCCACUGGGCUACCAGUUGGGACAGAUGGCACCUCCAAAGUCCACUCAGAUGACUUCUAUAUGAGGCGCUUCAGGUCACAGAAUGGCAGCUUAGGAUCUGCAGUCAUGGCACCAGUUGGACCUCCUCGUAACGAAAGUUCUCAUCAUGUUAGCUCUACUCCUGGAGUCCCUAAGAUGGGAGUCAGGGCAAGGAUUGCUGAUUGGCCCCCAAGGAAGGAGAACAUCAAGGAAGCCACCAGGUCCAGUCAAGAUAUUGAAACAUCAAGUUGCCUUGACAGCAUGUCUUCUAAAAGCAGUCCUGGGAGUCAGGGAAGCUCUGUUAACCUCAAUGCUAGUGAUUCUGUCAUGUUAAAAAGCAUCCAGAGCACUCUUAAAAGCAAAACCAGGCAACCUGAGAACCUAGAUUCCAGGUUUCUGACUCCCGAUGGCUAUCCCAGUUCCCCAAGGAAAGCUCUUCGCAGAAUAAGGCAGCGCAGCAACAGUGACAUCACCAUAAGUGAGCUUGAUGUGGAUAGUUUUGAUGAAUGUAUUUCACCCACUUUUAAAUCAGGACCAUCUCUGCACAGGGAGUAUGGCAGCACAUCUUCCAUAGAUAAGCAGGGAACUUCAGGGGAAAGUUUUUUCGACUUACUGAAGGGCUAUAAAGAUGAAAAGUCUAAUCAGAGAAGCCCAGCUACAUCUAAGCUCAGUGAACUCCUGAUUGCCAGCGGAAGCAAGGGUUCAGGAUUCUCUCUGGAUGUCAUAGAUGGGCCUAUUACUCAAAGGGAGAACCUGAGGCUCUUUAAGGAAAGGGAGAAGCCACUCAAGAGACGCUCAAAAUCAGAGACGGGAGAUUCAUCCAUUUUUCGCAAGCUGCGCAAUGCCAAAGGUGAAGGGGAGCUUGGGAAGUCUUCAGAUCUUGAAGAUAACAGGUCAGAAGAUAGUGUCAAGCCUUGGACUUGUCCGAAGUGUUUUGCUCAUUAUGAUGUACAGAGUAUUUUGUUUGAUUUAAAUGAAGCAGCAAUCAACAGGCAUAAUGUUAUUAAAAGAAGGAACACAACCACGGGUGCAUCUGCUGCUGCUGUGGCAUCACUUGUCUCUGGACCCUUGUCUCAUUCUGCAAGUUUCAAUUCUCCAAUGGGCAGCACUGAAGACCUGAACUCAAAAGGAAGCCUCAAUAUGGACCAGGGAGAUGACAAAAGCAAUGAACUUGUGAUGAGUUGUCCUUAUUUUCGUAAUGAGAUCGGUGGAGAAGGGGAAAGGAAGAUCAGUCUUUCCAAAUCUAAUUCAGGUUCCUUCAGUGGAUGUGAAAGUGCCUCGUUUGAGUCAACUCUGAGUUCUCAUUGCACAAACGCUGGAGUAGCAGUUCUGGAAGUUCCCAAGGAGAAUCUGAUUUUACAUCUGGACAGAGUGAAAAGAUAUAUUGUUGAACACGUAGACCUUGGUGCAUAUUAUUAUCGGAAAUUCUUCUAUCAGAAAGAACACUGGAAUUAUUUUGGAGCAGAUGAGAACCUGGGUCCAGUAGCUGUGAGUAUAAGGAGAGAGAAGCCAGAGGAAAUCAAAGAAAAUGGACCUCAGUACAACUACAGGAUCAUAUUCAGAACCAGUGAGCUUAUGACAUUACGAGGCUCAGUGCUGGAAGAUGCUAUCCCUUCCACUGCAAAGCAUUGCACAGCAAGGGGACUUCCCCUGAAAGAAGUUCUGGAGUACGUCGUUCCUGAGCUGAAUAUCCAUUGCCUAAGGCUGGCCUUCAACACUCCAAAAGUCACAGAACAGCUUAUGAAGCUGGAUGAACAAGGGUUAAGUUACCAGCUGAAGGUGGGCAUCAUGUACUGCAAAGCUGGGCAAAGCACAGAAGAGGAAAUGUAUAAUAAUGAAUCAGCAGGUCCAGCCUUUGAGGAGUUUCUUCAGCUCUUGGGAGAACGAGUUCGACUCAAGGGAUUUGAGAAGUAUCGUGCUCAGCUGGAUACAAAGACUGAUUCAACGGGUACCCACUCUCUGUACACCACGUACAAGGACUAUGAAAUCAUGUUCCAUGUUUCUACCAUGCUGCCAUAUACUCCAAACAACAAGCAACAGCUUCUGAGAAAACGCCAUAUUGGGAAUGAUAUUGUGACCAUAGUUUUCCAAGAGCCUGGAGCACAACCAUUCAGCCCAAAGAACAUCCGAUCCCACUUCCAGCAUGUCUUUGUCAUUGUAAGAGUGCACGGGCCCUGCACUGACAGCGUUUGUUACAGUGUUGCUGUGACAAGAUCCAGAGAUGUACCUUCCUUUGGACCACCUAUUCCAAAAGGUGUGACGUUUCCUAAAUCAAAUGUUUUCAGGGACUUCUUGCUAGCCAAAGUCAUUAAUGCAGAGAAUGCUGCUCAUAAAUCAGAGAAGUUUCGUGCGAUGGCCACCAGGACCCGGCAAGAAUACUUGAAAGAUUUGGCAGAGAAGAAUGUUACCAACACACCUAUUGACCCUUCUGGCAAGUUCCCCUUCAUCUCACUUGCUUCAAAAAAGAAAGAAAAGUCCAAACCUUAUCCAGGAGCAGAGAUCUAUAGUUCUGGUGCUAUUGUAUGGAGUGUCCAUGCAAAAGACUACAGCAAGGGUAUGGAAAUAGACUGUCUCCUAGGCAUCUCUAAUGAGUUUUUAGUCCUUAUUGAACAGGACACAAAAAGCGUGGUGUUCAAUUGCUCCUGUCGAGAUGUGAUAGGGUGGACUUCAACGGACACAAAUAUCAAAAUAUUCUAUGAGAGAGGUGAAUGUGUUUCUUUGGAGAGCUUCAUCAGCAACAUUGAUGAUAUCAAAGAGAUCGUCAAAAGGCUGGAGCUGGUGACCAAGGGCUGUGAAACGGUGGAGAUGACUCUAAGGAGGAAUGGUCUGGGUCAGCUGGGUUUCCAUGUGAACUAUGAAGGGAUCGUGGCAGACGUGGAGCCCUACGGCUACGCCUGGCAGGCGGGGCUGCGGCAAGGCAGCCGCCUGGUGGAAAUCUGCAAAGUGGCUGUGGCCACUCUGAGCCACGAGCAAAUGAUUGAUCUUCUGAGGACAUCAGUAACAGUCAAGGUUGUCAUUGUCCCUCCGUAUGAGGACUGCACACCACGCAGGAGUUCUUCAGAAAACUACCGUAUGCCAGUGAUGGAAUACAAAGUCAAUGAAGGAAUGUCUUAUGAAUUCAAAUUUCCAUUCAGAAAUAAUAACAAAUGGCAGCGAAAUGCAAGCAAGGGGCAGGGACCUCAUGUGGCUCAGGUACCAUCUCAAAUACAGAGUCCAGUACCAUCUAGGAUUGGCUCUGGGAAAGGAGAAGGGAAAAUGGCCCCCCCAGAACGAGCAGCCAACAUCCCCCGAAGCAUCUCCAGUGAUGGGCGCCCACUGGAGAGCAGAAGGUUUGGAAUCAGCCGUAGAUCCCCUGCUUCCAUUGACAGGCAGAACACACAGUCCGACACGGGGGGCAGUGGCAAAUCCACACCCAGCUGGCAGAGGAGUGAGGAUAGCAUUGCUGACCAGAUGGAACCAACAUGCCAUCUCCCAGCAGUAUCCAAAGUGCUGCCAUCCUUCAGAGAAAGCCCCAGUGGAAGACUGAUGAGACAGGAUCCUGUGGUUCACUUGUCUCCAAAUAAGCAGGGUCAUUCUGACAGCCACUACUCCAGCCAUUCCAGCAGCAAUACUCUCUCUAGCAAUGCCUCCAGUGCUCACAGUGAUGAGAAGUGGUACGACAGUGGGGAGCGCACCGAGUCAGAGCUGAACAGCUACAACUACCUGCAAGGGACUUCAGCUGAUAGUGGCAUAGAUACCACUUCAUACGGACCCAGCCACGGCAGCACUGCCUCCCUGGGAGCAGCAACAUCUCCCCGUACAGGACUGACAAAGGAGAAAGUGACACCUCUCUGGCACAGCUCCAGUGAAGUGGUGUCCAUUGCAGACAGGACACUGGAGAAAGAGAGCCACUUGGAUCGGAAAACGGAGUCUUCACUGAGCCUGGACAUUCACAGCAAGAGUCAGCCAGCCUCCAACCCUCUGACCAGGGAGAACAGUGCUUAUAGUCUGAGUGAUGCAGUCUCACAUACAAGUACCAUGAGCUCACGACACUCUGCCAGCCCAGUUGUUUUCACCAGUGCCAGAAGCUCACCUAAAGAAGAGCUUCAUUCUGCUACUUCUCCCCAGCUUGCACCUUCUUUCUCCUCCUCUUCUUCCUCCUCAUCUGGUCCUAGGACUUUCUACCCUCGCCAGGGAGCUACUAGCAAGUAUCUGAUCGGAUGGAAAAAGCCAGAAGGGACAAUAAACUCAGUGGGGUUUAUGGAUUCAAGAAAACGUCACCAGAGUGAUGGCAGUGAAAUGGCCCAUCCCCGGCUGCGAGCCUCGGCCAGAGAUCUGCGAGCAUCACCAAAACGAGUGUCCAAGUCCACUGUUGAAGAAGACCUGAAGAAAUUAAUAGAUCUUGAUAGCCCAACACCUGAAUCCCAGAAGAAUUUUAAGUCACACACUCUGUCCUGUCAGUCUCCCUUUCCCAGCACUCCUACCACAAGGCGUGCCUUGCAAAGGACUUUGUCAGAUGAGAGUAUUUACAGUGGUCAGAGGGACCACUUCUUCACCUCACGGGCCUCACUUCUGGACCAAGCCAUGCCAAAUGAUGUACUGUUCACCAGCACCUACCCUUCUCUCCCGAAGUCGCUGCCGUUACGGAGACCAUCAUACACCUUGGGAAUGAAAUCUCUCCAUGGAGAGUUUUCUGCCUCAGACAGCUCCCUCACAGAUAUCCAGGAGCAAAGACGGCAGCCCAUGCCAGACCCUGGUCUUAUGCCAUUGCCUGAUUCUGCCUCUGAUCUGGAUUGGUCAAACUUGGUAGAUGCUGCCAAAGCCUUUGAAGUUCAGCGAGCUUCAUUCUUUGCUGCUGAUGAUGAAAAUCACAGACCUGUGAGUGCUGCCUCCAGCAGUGACCAGGCUGAAGACCCGCUUAGCGCACAGUUAAAGCCUUACACAGGUAAAGAAUCUCCUCCAACUCUUGCCUCUAAAGUGGACCAGCUGGAAGGUUUGCUGAAGAUGCUGCAAGAGGAUUUAAGGAAGGAAAAAGAGGACAAGGCCAGUCUUCAGGCUGAAGUGCAACAUUUGCGGGAAGACAACCUGAGGUUACAGGAGGAAUCCCAGAAUGCAACCGAGAAACUGAAGAAAUUCACCGAGUGGGUUUUCAAUACGAUCGAUAUGAACUGACAGCAGUGUACAGGGAAGGAAACUAUCUGUUAUGAAUAUUGUUACUGGGACUUAAGCUUUAAUGCCACCUAUAUCAUGACAUGUGAAAUUAUAGUCAGAGCACUUCCCUGUCCUUCAUCCUCCAAUAACCCUUUUUUGCAUCUCUGCGCGCACUCAGAACAAUUGCAGAUCAACAAUCAAUGUCUGCCUUUUGUAGAAAAAAAAAAGUAAAUAAUUUUAAAAGGUAAAAUAAAAGUUUAACUGCUAAAAUGUGAAUGUCUAUUUUUUGCACAUUGUCUCUUUAUCUGUUAUGUACAGAAUGAUUUGGAGGCAGGGUCAGGCUUGCUGUUCCAUCUGCCUCUGUUUCCAUUAAUUCCCGUUAAUUCCUUUCUCUUUGUUUCAGGUAAUCUGCUUUUCCUUGCAGCUUUGGCAAAUAUUAUGACAUCUAGAAAUUUAGAAAGAAGUUUUUAUUUUACUGCUUUUCUUACAUUGUUUUCUGAAGUAUGCCUCAGACAAGGGGACAUAAUGCAAUGUUUUAGGUGUCUCCUUAGCAACUUGCGCUUGACUGCUAGUGCUGCCUUCCCAUACGCUGCAGAGAACGUGUGCCCAUAGUGUAUGGUACAGUACAACCAGCAGCAUAACGUUUGGAGAGGGACUGGAGACAUGAGCCACGGGUGAGGCGUGUGAUCACACAUCUAUUGUAUUAGCCUUUCUGGUGGCCUUUGUUUCCUGUGGAAACAAUGGCUGUAAGUAACUUUAUAAACAGCAAAACUCGGCAUGCUGCAGUUCAUACUGUGUCAGGCAGGCUAAGAGACACUGAGCACUGCUGCUGUGCUGCUUAAGUAUUGUCCCCUUCCCUUCCUGGGGAACCUGUUACUUGCAUAUGUGCAGAAGACUUAGGCUGAAGUUGUAAAGAGAUUGAGAUUUCUUUCCCUUGAACUGUUUCCAUGAAAAUCCACAUGAACCCUCUCUGUGCACCUGCCCUCCCGUUCUGUUUCUCUGCACAUCCCAACUCACGUGUUUGUUCAACUUGUGUUUUAUUACAUGAGAGGUCUUACAGCUCUUUCACUGUGGUAGACAGAGGAAUAUGGAAAGGUCUAUUGAAGAAGUGUAAUUUUCAAAGGACUGGGAUAGGAUUAGAGCUCUCAAGUCCCCAAUCCCUGUGAAACUGCCUCGCAUGAGAUUUCCCAAACUGCCUCAUGCCAGGAAAGUUAAUUUCUUGUUCUUUGAAGGAACAGCUGACUUGCCACAACAUGUUACCUCUCCAGAACAUAUUUUAGGUGUCAGAAAACAACAACUUGUGAGCACCGCAGUCUGCAAAGGCACUGAACUUUGCAGAGUGCUGAGAAACCUUUUUUAUUCCUUUCUGAGGAUACAUACUGUCACUACCUUAAUCAAUAUUGCCUUGCAUAAAGUGCAGUAUAUUUGGGGGUUAAUUUCAAGAGCAUCCACUCCCUCCCCUUUACCAUAUUCCUAAACAGACAGAUUAAAAUUGUUGGGCAUAGAAACUUCCUAACUCUCUUCAAUUCCUUUUUUCAUGCUCUUUAAUCUUUCUCUGCACAAGUACACACUACACUCCAACCUCAAACUUUACUUGUGAUGCUAAUCCCCAUGGAGUUCUUCUCCAGUGUUUUGUCAUGGAAAUGGAUCUCUUUGGAACUAUUUCUGGAGUGCUUUUGUAAAGGUUUAGAAUGUCUUGGGUUUUUUAAUGACUUGUAUGAAGGAGAUUUAUAUAAUGCCUGAUAUUAUUUGUAAAUGGGAAAUAUUGCUAACAUCUCUGAACAUCCUGAAGUCUUGCUUUCACUCUCUUUUAUUUUUAAGUUUGGUUUUUAUUUUAUUUCAAAAAAAUAUUUUGGGACUUGGGGCAGACUAUUUAUUAGAGUUUUGCAACAGAGUUCUUGUAUGAUGCCACUGAAGGCUACUUGUAAAAUUCUGACAAUAAAACUCAUUUUAAAGGCUCUUCUAAACCA